CUUUGUUGGUUCUUUUCAACUGGCAAACGAUUUCUUGGCCCCCGACAUGUCUGGGAUUUUCCGGAAUUCGCCGCAUCCGUUUCGGCGUAAGAACCGAACUUGCAUGCCAAAGAGAGAGAGAGAGAGAUGUCGGGGAUUUUUCCGAGUUUCUCUUCGCCGGUAUAACAGUUUUUCAUGCUCCAGUUUUUCGUCCUGGCAUCUCUGUGAGAAAUUGUGUCAUUAGGUGCAUUUGUUUUCGUUUUCCUGACCAGUCCCACCUAGCACCACCCACUCAGCCUCCCAAUUCCGACACCACAUCCAGUGCCACUCAACCCUUCCGCCCCUUCUGUUGUUGCUGUUUAUUUGCUUCAUCUUCAUGCGUGUCACUUUUCGAGUGCAAGUGUGUGUCAACCUGGCGCCGCUCAUCUAACUAAAUGCCAACAAUUAUGUUUUGGAGUCUCAUUAGUUGCAACUUAAAGUGUUCUAAUGUGUUGCCGUGUGUAAAGAACGAUGCCGUUAAUGAUGUAAGCGGCAGCUGUGAGUUGGAUUCUGAAAGCUGGAAACUGGAUGCUGAAAGCUGAAAGCUGAAUACCCAGUGCCAAAAGCUGGGCGGGCAGACGGGUUUGGGUGCCAAGAGCCAACAGAUGCCAGUGGAAUCGAGUCAAGUGGGCUCUAUAUGCCCGCCCACAUAUAUAUUUUUUGGGGUCGAGUUCGUGCCACGCGGCGUUUUGUUAAUUGGUAUUACCUGACCUACACUUGGAAAAAUGUCACAAGACUUGAUAAAAAUGGGUUCAAUAAUUAUAAUGUUAAUAAAAAUAAAUGGUAAUAUAAUAUCGUACAAAUACUU